CCCACCACCACCUCCGCCGCCUCCGCCGCGCGCGCUCCUUUUCCUCCCUGUGUCCGCUGCAGUGGGAAGAGGCUCCGCCCCUUUUUUCGCCUUCCUCUUCAGUCAGUCAGUGAGCGAGCGAGCGAGUGAGUGAGUGAGGCGGAGAAGGGAGGGGACGGAGACGGUGACAACAUGGCGGCCGAAAGCGCCACCCCGCUGCUCUUUCCUCCUCCUCUUCCUCCUGCAGGCGCCGCUGAGGAGGAUCCCUCGCCGCCGGUGGAAAUGGAGGCCGAGGCCGCGCCAACGCCGCUGCUGAAUGGCGAAGGGGCGGAGAGCAUGUCGGAGCCCAGCCCGGAGAGCGCCAGCCAGGCGGGCGACGGCGACGACGAGGAGGAGGACGACGAGGAGGAUGAAGUGCAAGAGGACGACGACGAGGAGGACGACGAGGAGGCCGAGGCCGUGAGCAACGCCGGCUCCUCCCUGUCCUCCUCCAGCGGCUGCUGCAGCGACGACACCCGCUCUUUCAGCCCCGAAGGCGACGCCAAGGCUGGGCCCGAAGGAGGAGGAGGCCUGGCGGGGCCUUUGACGGAAAUCCAGACCGUCAUCGAAGGAGGAGGAAGCGGCAAGAGCGACGGCGGAGGCCCCAUUGGCGGAGAAAGCAGCAUGUCCUCCGCCUCGUCCUCCUCUGGCGGCGACGAGGGCUACAGCACCCGCAGCGGAGGCAGCGAGGACGGCAGUGGAGGAGCCGGAGAAGCAGGAGGAGAAGGCGGCGGAGGAGGAGGCAGUACGUGCAGCGCCUCGUCGGGAGGCCGCAGGGGCAGCCUGGAGGUCUCCUCCUCCGACGGGGAGCCCCUCAGCCGCAUGGACUCCGAGGACAGCAUAAGCAGUACCAUAAUGGAUGUAGACAGCACAAUUUCCAGUGGACGUUCAACUCCAGUUAUGAUGAAUGGACAAGGAGUUACUGCUUCAUCAGCAAAAAGUAUUGCCUAUAACUGCUGCUGGGACCAGUGCCAUGCUUGCUUCAACUCCAGCCCAGAUCUCGCAGAUCAUAUUCGCGCCAUACAUGUAGAUGGCCAGCGAGGAGGGGUAUUUGUUUGCUUGUGGAAAGGUUGCAAAGUCUACAACACACCAUCAACAAGUCAGAGUUGGUUACAGCGACAUAUGCUUACACACAGUGGUGACAAACCAUUUAAGUGCGUUGUCGGAGGUUGCAAUGCUAGUUUUGCAUCUCAGAGUGGGCUUGCUCGACAUGUGCCGACACACUUCAGCCAGCAGAAUUCUUCAAAAGUUACGAAUCAGCCAAAGGCAAAAGAAGAAUCUCCUUCGAAAGCUGGAAUGAACAAAAGAAGGAAGUUAAAGAACAAACGAAGGCGCUCUUUACCAAGGCCACAUGAUUUCUUUGAUGCACAAACUCUGGAUGCCAUACGACAUCGAGCCAUUUGCUUUAAUCUCUCUGCUCACAUAGAAAGUUUAGGAAAAGGACACAGUGUUGUAUUCCACAGUACUGUAAUGGCAAAGAGAAAAGAAGAUUCUGGAAAGAUAAAGCUGCUGCUUCACUGGACACCAGAGGACAUUCUUCCUGAUGUGUGGGUAAAUGAAAGUGAGCGACAUCAAUUAAAAACAAAAGUAGUUCAUUUGUCAAAACUACCAAAAGAUACUGCCUUGCUUCUGGACCCAAACAUAUACAGAACAAUGCCACAGAAGAGGUUGAAGAGGUAGAAUCAACGGGGGGCACCUCAUCUUACCAUCUUAUUCAUUGACCAUGGAAUUAGAAUUGAAAUUGCACAUUAGACAAAUCCUUCCAUCCAUCUUCUGCCCCUACCAUACGGCUGCCAACUUUAGGUGAUGAUUAUGCUUGGCAUAACUUUCUGAAAAUGAAGUUGACGCAUCCGUGGAAUAUAUUUUAUAUAAUAUAUUGACAUACCUUCAUGGAAUGGUACGAUGGAAGAUGGGGCAAGCGCUCUUCCAGCAAUAUAAUGGGUGCUCUCAAAGGCUUUGCAUGCUUACUGCUUUUUAUUUUAAUACUUUUCUAUAGCUUGUAUGGAUGGGAUGUCAGUACGAAGUUGCCACGUAUGGCCCUCCCUGCAGUUUUUUUAAAACAAGUUUAUUGCGAUCUUGUCAUUGGUAAAACAGUUAGCACACAUGAACAUACACUAGAGAGAAUCCUUUUCUUAAAAGUAUGGUGAAGAGUAUCAAUUGUCACUUUUGUGAAUUUGUGGUGUUAUAUCACAUAUCCCUAAGUGGUGGUAUCAUGUUUAAGCAAAAUGGUGGUGGCAUAUUUGCAGUUCUAGUGAAAUAUAUAUUCAAGAGAGGGUGAUUAAAUGUUGUGUUGCUGUAUAUCCGGACCUCUCCAUAAGGCUAUUACUGUAUGUUAGUAAGACUUACUUUAAUAAUCACUUCAGAAAAAUAAAUAAAAGGUAAGAACAUUGUUUUGUUUACUACUGGGCCUUUAAAACUCCUGUUUGCUUCUAAAGAAUCUCCUAUCUCCUUUUCCCCUCCCCUUGGCCUAAAUAUUUUGAGCUGUCAAAAUUGUAUUUUUUAAAAAGAAGCAUCUAAAAAUACAAUCGUUUAUGCACCAAAGUUGGGUAUGAAAAAAAUUUAAAUUGCUUCCUCGCUUUACUAAGCAAAAAAAAUUAUGGAUUUUCUUAACCUACAGGAAUAGAAAAAAAUGUGUGUACCUUGUUCGUCUUGUAAGGAGACAAAAAAGUUGCAUAUAGAUGGGACAUUGCUUGUAAAUAAUUUUGCAGAUUUGUAAUAUAUUUUUAUAUUAAGAAAUGUAGAUGUUUUUCUAGAGGCAUGGAAGUUGAAAUGUAUAUAUUAUGGUAGAAAUAAUAUUGAAGGAUAUUGUAAUUCACUAGUGCUGCCAGAAGAAUCUGUUUAAAAGCAAGCACCUUUUUUAACAAUAAAAUAAGUCUUUUGGAUUUCUAAGAGGCUAUAUACUACUGUUUGUAAGAACAAAACACACGAAACAUCCUUCCAGAAGUCUUUGAAGUAUGCUCAGUAUCCAUAGGAGGUUUAUGGCACUCAUUGCUGAUAAUGGAUAUGUAUCAGUUUUUUCCUCACUUGUUGGAAGGAACAAAUGUAAAAAUGAAUAAAUGGUGGCUAUAUGCAGUCAAACUGCAUGAUUAACCCUCCCUGUUUAGGAGGAUUUUUUGCAUUACUACAGUGAAUAUAAAUACCAGCUGUUUUUACACUAAUUUUUUUUAUAAAAUAGCAAAAAAAUAAAUAUAAACUCUCUGGUUGGAGAUGUUAUCUUUUUCCAAAGCCAUCAAAAGGUCUACAUUAAUGAAAAUGGGAUGCUUUCUUGGCUCCCAGUGAGUUUAGAAUGUUCUAUAAACAUUUAAAUUCCAUAUUUAUGUGCAUCUUAUAAGCACUGCUCACAUGGAAUAGGUCUGGAAUAAACACUGAACAAUGGUAUUUCAUAAAGAUCUGUAGCAAUGUAACUAUUUAAAACAAAUGCAGUUUGUUUUUUUGUUUUUAAUUUUGCUUGAGCACUUCAGUUACUGCUUAAUCUUUAUCUUAUGGUCAUCUGCAAUUGCUUUGGUUCUUUUUAAAAUAUAUAUAUAUAUAAUUGCCAAAUAGGUGUUUUCAGAUAUAGUUUGUAUUUGUAUUUUUUUAAUUUUAUUGCUUUAUGAGUUUCUUCUAUGCCAUGCAUAAUUGACAGAUGAUUGUAGUCCUUGCCUAAGUAUUUUUUCUAAUAAAACCAUGCAAAUACAACCAC